AUGAUUGAGGAUAUCGAGUGCCAAGGGCAAACAACAAAGGCCGUGCACAUGGCAGGCAUUUCCAAGUUAUUCGAGGUUGUAGGUCAUCGAGUGCUCACAAACGUCGAUGAAUCGUCGCUUCAUGGAUGGAUCUUUACGCAAAUGACAAAGCAAAUCCCCUCGCUUCUGGCCAAAGACGAAAUGGAAUGCCUGGCCAUUCCUGAUGCGCACCUGGAUACGAAGAGACAUGGCGUUCGCUUGGCCCUGGUCGUCACGCGCAUUGGACACUUCUAUCGAGCUGCCAGGCAAAUCACAGCUGCAGACUCACCACUGACACAGGCUGAGAAGCAGAUCCACCUCGUGUCGAACAUCAAACAAGCCUUGGCAAUCGCUAAGGAGCUGGCCAUGAUCGAAAAGGAUGCAAUACCGACCAAGCUAAGGCCGCGGGAGACGGCGGACAAACGGCCGGCGACCCCGACGAAUCAGAACCUCAUCAGCUUCGAGUCGCGAUGGACGGCAUGUACGUGGUGUCUGUUUACCUUGUUCUUGGUCCUCUUCUUCGAGAGGCUAUACAAGUGCUCGGACGCUCUGUUACAGCUGGAAUCGAUAGAUGACGGCGCGAUGCAAUUGGCCCGGGCCGCCGGCGCCAUCUCCGAGGGCCAGAUCAAGGCCAUGAUUCACAAGGUUUGUAGUUGCAUGCCCUAUUUGAUGGGAGAGGUCGAUAAACAGGGGCGGCCUCUCUCGGUACCGGAACGGCAAAGCGUUAUCAUGUACCAUCUCGUCUGGCCGCUCGCUGUUAUCACCGUUAGCCAGCACAGCAGCCCUGAACAAGUGGAGGAUUAUUUGGCCAGGGGCCUGAUGGUUUAG